ACGUUAUCCCUUACAUCGGUGUGUAUGUGAGAGCAUCAAAGGUGAUCUAAGUGAUUACUAAGAACUGUUAGUGCAUCGAUUGAGAGUGACGGAGCCACUGAGGAGGAAUCCAGAUAGCGCUCCUAAUCGCCGAGUGGUUAGGAGUUCCUCUGGCGUCGCGGGAACAUCACAGAGCUUCCUAAAUGAUGAGGGUUUCACGUGGAUCGAUCUGACGGGUGACGGGAAUCGUUAACCCUUGCCAUUUACAUUCAGUUUGCAGAGAUCUAAGUUGCACUUUACAAGAGGUGGUGUGGAACCAAGGGUCACAGAUUGAUUGUAAUAUCACGUCGAGAGGCAAAUAAACGAAUCUGGGUUCAAGCGUCCAGCAUUCCGAAGGAUAGAUACAUCUAGGACAGCAGGGGGCGCUACAUAAAGUGGGGGCUCGUCCGGGAUGAUCCUUGUUCAGUAUACUGCUUGAAAAUCAGUAAAGUGCUAAGAGAGUAUUGCUUGCAGAAAAGUUUAGUUUAUGUGGAUCAGGCAAUUAUGGAUGUUGAUUACUCUGUCUUACAAGCUGAACUUGACAAUUGGUGUCAGAAAGCAAUAAUUGAUCAGAAACAUGCUGUGCUACUGUUGGGAGUGCCUGCAGAUGUGGAGGGGCCACUCAUUGAGGAAACUAUGCAAACAGUCAAAGCGUUAGGAAGAGUGAGAGUUAGGGAUUGUAAAGAAGGGCUUACUCCAGGGUUUUUACUUGUGCUAUGUGAGUGCAAAGAAGUGGUUGAUCCUUCUCGCGUGCCUGAAGAAGUGAUACCUGAAAGGGGUGGGGCACCUUGGAAGAUGAUUGUAGCGAAAAGUGCUGAGGGCCCGCCUGCUGGGUUUGCUGAGAAAUUAUCAAAGCUGUUAACACAAGAAGGAAAGUCUUUCACUGAUCUUCAAGCUAUGUUUUCGACGCCCAGCUCUAAUGCAGGUUCUCCAGAAGCAAUAAUCCGUGCAGUGGGUGAAUUGCUCGAAAAAACCUCAAAACCUGUCAGUGAUGGAGGUGCAUACCGACGUUUGAGGAUCUUUUCAGGUACUGUUCCUACUCCAACAGGGGAAGAGGCCUUGGAGAGUUGGUUGGAUCAAGCUAGAAUGAUGAUCGUGGAGUGUGAAUGCUCAGAGAAAGAGAAGCGCCGACGUAUCAUUGAGAGCUUGAAGGGUUCAGCCCUGGAUGUUGUGAAGGCUAUCAGAUUUUCAAGCCCAGAUGCAACUUCUCUUCAGUAUCUCGAGGCUUUGGAGGGAGCUUUUGGAACUCCUGAAUCAGGAGAAGAUUUAUAUUUUGCUUUCAGAUUACUGAGGCAGAAUCCUGGUGAAGCUCUUUCUGAUUUCUUGAAGAGAAUAGAGAAAUCCCUGACCAAAGUAGCACAAAAAGGUGGGUUACCCUGGAAGAAUUUGGACCAAACAAGAGUUGAGCAGCUAAUUCGGGGAGCUGUUGAAUCUGACUUGUUGUUGCUCCAGCUGAGGUUGAGGGAGAGACGAGAAAAGCCACCUACCUUUCUAACUCUUCUGAAUGAGAUAAGGGAGGCUGAAGAAAGCGAAGCUGCCAGACAUAGUCUGGGUUUCACUGUAAAGCCAGUUCCCCGGCCACGAGAGAGACAGAGUAGUUCAGCUGUAGUGAGAGAAUUGAAAGCUGAGAUUGAAGAGCUGCGGACAAGAGUGGCAGAAGGACCUUCUAAAGUAAUUGUGCCAGAGGCGAUGUUGGAGUCACAGCCCAUACCAAGUAGGAGAGGAGGUGACACAUCAGUGGAUCCAGAAGUACACUCACUAAAGAAACAGGUGCAAAGACUAGAAGAGCAGUUAGCUUCACUGAGUGUUAGGCAUUUGCCACAGACGACAGGAGAUCCACGAUCACUGGAGCAAGCUGAUACUUCUGUGAAACCUAGAUUUGAAAGGGCUAAGGAAGAUUACUUCUGUUACAAAUGUGGGGAAGAUGGCCACAUUGCUCCGAAAUGCAAAGCUCCUGAGAAUUACUGUCUGGUGAUACAGAAGCUUGUGCGAUCAUUACGGAAGGCUAGAAACGAAAGAACGGAUCAGAGUAGUAGUAAACACACCAGUGAUAAAGCCAGCUUUUCCCGCAAAAGCCAGACAGUUGUGGCUGAGAAAAGUAGUCUUCCUGUAGGGUUGGUGGGUCCAGCUCUGACGAUUACUAUGAAGAUCAAUGGUCAGCCCUGUGAAACCUUACUAGAUAGUGGAUCGCAGGUCACUAUCAUCUUUGAGCCAUGGUACUCUGAAAACCUGUCAUCAGUACCCAUUCAGCCUCUAUCUGGUUUGUCUAUUUGGGGCCUUAGCACAGCUAGUUAUCCCUACAAGGGAUAUGUCUUGGUGGAUGUUUCUUUCCCUGCUUCUGUCAUGGGCGUAGAAGAGACUGUUUCCAUCCUGGCAUUGGUUUGUCCAGAGCCUGAAGGGCCUAAACAAGUGCCUGUGAUUAUUGGGACAAAUGCAAGUUUUUUCCAACGUCUGAUUGGACUUGGCACAACUGGUCAUGAGACAGAGGAGGCACACACAUUAAGGAUUCGGUUUCACAACUCAGAACUAGAAUCACCUACACGAAUUGACAUACCUGCUGGAGAAGUAAAGUGGGCAGGUCCAGGUGCUUGCGUCAUACCAUCAAAAGGAGAAAUGUGUGCUGUUUGUGCAGUUGAAUCACAAAAACCGCUGGAGAAGGAAAUUUUUAUGGUAGAAACCCCUUCAGAUGAUAUACUGCCUGCAGGACUGUUCAUUCUUCCAGUUGUACUGCCUUCUUCUGCUGUAGAAGAGAACAAAUUCAAAGUGUUGAUUAAGAACGAGACGUGCAAAGAGGUAACAAUACCAUCUGGAACGGUCUUAGCGCAUGUGUAUCCUACAGAUACAGUGACUGUGGCAUCAGUUACCCCGACAAAAGCCAAGACAAUUGAUCCAAAAGUGUUUGAUUUUACCAAGUCCACCAUUCCAAAAGAGUGGGAAGAUCGAUUUCGUCAGAAACUGUCUGAGAGGGGUAAUGUCUUUUCUCAGGAGGAAUGGGAUGUGGGACUGGCAAAGGACGUUAAGCAUUGCAUCCGUCUGAGUGACACUAGGCCAUUUAGAGAGAGAUCUCGGCGAAUUGCUCCAGCUGACAUUGAUGAUGUCCGUCGACACCUAAAAGACCUGUUAGCUGCGGGGAUUAUCAAAGAAUCCCGAAGUCCUUAUGCUUCCCCAAUUGUAAUUGUCCGUAAAAAGAGUGGAGCAAUACGCAUGUGUAUCGAUUAUCGGACUUUGAAUAGCAGAACUCUUCCUGAUCAGUACACGACCCCACGCAUAGAUGAUGCAUUGGACUGUCUUGCAGGAAGCAAGUGGUUUUCAGUCUUAGACCUGAGGAGCGGCUACUAUCAAAUAGCCAUGGCUGACGAGGACAGGGAGAAGACUGCUUUUAUAUGUCCUUUAGGGUUCUAUGAGUUUGAAAGGAUGCCACAAGGAGUUAGUGGAGCGCCUGCAACAUUCCAAAGACUCAUGGAACGUGCAGUUGGGGACAUGCAUCUGCUAGAAGUGAUAGUGUACCUUGAUGAUAUUAUUGUCUUUGGGUCCACUUUAGAAGAACACGAACAGAGGCUUUUGAAAGUCUUAGACCGUUUGGAGGAGUAUGGUCUAAAAAUCUCACUGGAUAAGUGCCAGCUCUGUAUGUCUCAGGUCAAAUAUGUGGGCCAUAUUGUCUCUGCUGAUGGUGUUGCUCCUGACCCGGAGAAAAUCGAAGCAGUCGCAAAAUGGAAGGUGCCCACAGAUGUAAAAACCUUAAGGUCAUUCCUAGGAUUUUGUGGGUUUUACCGACGGUUUGUUAAAAACUACUCUGGGAUUGUGCGACCCUUGACAGAACUCACCAAAGGGUAUCCUCCAGCCAAAGGGGGUGGAAAGGUCACCACAGAGAGAAAGUAUUUCAAAGAGUCAGAACCAUUUGGUGAGCGGUGGGGCAAAGAUUGCACUGAGGCCUUUAAAACCAUUAUCCACUGUCUUACCCAUGCCCCUGUCUUGGCAUUCGCUGACCCUUCCAAAACCUAUGUCUUACAUGUAGAUGCAAGUGGGAAUGGCUUAGGUGCAGUACUGAACCAAGAGUAUCCGGAAGGACUUAGACCAGUUGCAUACGCUAGUAGGAAACUGAGUACAACUGAGCAAAGGUAUCCUACUCACCAACUGGAAUUCUUGGCACUGAAGUGGGCCGUAGUAGAUAAAUUUCACGAUUACCUUUAUGGGGUAAAAUUUGUAGUUAGAACUGACAAUAAUCCGCUCACUUAUGUUCUGACUACAGCUAAGUUGAAUGCCACAGAUCAUCGCUGGCUAGCGGCAUUGGCUACAUACGAUUUUAGCCUUCAAUAUAAGCCAGGACGUUAUAACAUCGAUGCAGAUACAUUGUCUCGCUAUCCUUUGGAAGGUGGGUCACAUGAUGGUUGGACUGAAAUAUCCCAGUCAGGAGUAAAAGCAAUCUGUCAGAAGGUGACAAGUGACAAAGAUGAGGGAUCUUUCUUCAGAUUGGUAGAUCAGUUGGGAGCCGAGUCAAGCAUUGUUCCGCCUGUUUAUGCAUGUUUUACACAGCUGGAGCUGGGAACUCUGAAACAGUUGACACACGUUGACCUUGAGUUGGCUCAAGACAAAGAUCCAGUCAUUGGACCAGUAAAGAUAGAUGUGGAAGAAGGAAAGGUACUUACAACUGGUGCAAGUGCUAACCCACAGAUGACUCUAUUACGGAGACAAGGUCCUAAGCUGGUCAUCCAGAAUAAGCUGCUGUACAGUGUUCAUCAGUCCCUGUGGGAAAGAGAAAAAACAGCUUGUUUUACCUGA